CGUGCAGGUACGACGGCUGCUCCAAUCUCAUUUGCGCCGUCCCAAUACUUCGAAGGGGACGAUGGGAAAUGGUCCACCUUUGUAGUGCGUGUUGGCACACCCGAGCAGAGCUUUCGCGUCCUGCCAUCUACGGUCUCUAGUGAGACAUUUCUUCCCAUGGCCGGUGCUUGCAAAGAUGACGAACACAUGAGCGCGGUUAGUUUAAUUCCUAAAGAUUGUGCUUUUUCGCGUGGUGCGGAGCUUUACCAGGGUCGAACCAAUAAUGGUUUCCAGGCCAAUCUGUCCAGCACAUGGCAUGAGAUUGGCAUCUACCAGACAAUGACCCGUGAAGAGUUGGGUUACAACGCGUCUGGUCUCUACGGUCUAGAUACACUGGGGCUGAUGAUCGCGAAUUCCGGAGGACCCACUUUGGAAAAUCAAACAAUUGGUGCUGUGGUGAACCCACGUUUGUGGGUUGGAAGGUUAGGGAUGGAUGUCAAGCCUAGCAACUUUUCAGAUUUCGCGAAUCCGCAACGAAGUUUGAUAAAAACCCUGCAUGAAGAAGGUUACAUACCCAGUCUGAGCUAUGGUUACACAGCCGGCGCAUACUACAAACAACCGAACGUAUAUGGGAGCUUGACUUAUGGUGGCUACGACCAGUCACGAUUCGUUCCCAACAAUGUCACGUUUCCCUUUGAUGCCAAUGACAGUCGUAAACCUUGUCUGAAGAUACAGACAAUAAUAGGGCAAAACAUGUCCGGUGAGACUAUCAGUCUUCAGGAAACUGUCGUGCCGUAUAUGCUGGUCGACUUUGCAGAGCCACACAUAUGGUUACCAGUGUCGACCUGUGACCAGUUCGCACAGGCUUUCAACUUGACGUACGACAACAGCACAGACCUGUACUUGGUUGACUCCUCAACUCACGCAAAUCUCGUGGAGCGGAAUCCAACAAUUACCUUCGGACUUGGACAGACAGCAUCCGACCUCUCAGGCCGGGUCAAUAUAGUGCUGCCCUAUAGUGCGUUUGAUCAGCAGGCUUCCUACCCCAUUUAUGAGAAUGCAACCAAUUAUUUUCCAAUAAGAAGAGCGUACAACGAGUCCCAGUACACCUUGGGACGUACCUUCUUCCAAGAAGCGUACAUAAGGAUUGAUUAUGAUCGAGGGAAUUUCUCCAUCCACCAAGCGCUGUUCCCAACAUCUGGCGACAAACAAGAAGUCGUACCAGUGUUCAGUCCAACCGAAAUAUCAAAUGUCCAAGGUCGAAAACCACUGAGUAAAGGCGGGAUCGUAGGAAUAGCAAUAGGUAGCAUACUCUUGUUAGCAAUUGCAUCGUUUUUGGGACAGUGGGUUUGGCGGAAGAGAAGGAAGGCAAAGGCCCCACAACAG